AGGUGAAGACAUGGAUAGAAGUCAGCUGGGACCCUCUCUUGGAAUGAAGAAGUCAUCCAGUCUUGAAUCACUGCAAACCAUGGUGCAAGAGAUGCAGAUGUACGAAGACAUAGACCGUGUGUACCCGCCUGCUUUGGUGCCCCCUGUUGGGGGCGUAAUUAGGGGCGGCCGGGGGUGUAACGAGAGUUUCAGGGCGGCGGUGGAUCGCAGCUAUGAGGCACCUGUAGGGGGCCCGAUCUGGGGGGUGUCGGAGGUCACCUAAAUAGACGGCAGACCUCGCUCGAUAGCAAACUCAAGGCUAAGAAACGUCAGAGUCUGCUCAGGGGGUUGGGGUCUAUGUUCAGGUUUGGAAAACACCGUAAAGCUGGCGAUGAUGGUGAAGAAGAGAAUGAAGAGGGGAGAGGAGGAACAGAAGGAGAAGGAGUAAUAGGAGGAGGAGGAGGAGUGGAAGAAGGAGAGUAUGAUGAACAUCAGCAGCAGGUGAUACAAGAACAGCUGAGAAGGUUGAUGGUUGCUGCAGCUAGUACACAGCCGAGCCGUGAAGCAGGCGUCGAUAUAGGAGGCAGUGGACGCGGCGGAAACCCCUCCAUGAUCACGUCAGCAUCUUCACUUCAGCAUCCCAGCAGUGACGUCACAAGGGGGAAUGCCAUGAUGACGUCAUCAGGAGGCCAACUACCACAACCCAGUAGUGAAUAUGCCGGUUCUGCGACAGCUAGUAGUGAACACACGGGUUCUAGGACAUUGGGUAGUGAGUUCAUGGGUUCUAGAACAUCGGGUAGUGAGUUGUCGGGCUCUAGGACAUAUGGUAACGAGUUGACGGGCUCUAGAACAAGUAGUAAUGACAUGGGAGGUUCUAGGACAACGGGUAGUGAUAUAGUUGGUUCUAGGACUUAUGGUAACGAGUUGACGGGUUCUAGAACAUAUGGUAACGAGUUGACGGGUUCUAGAACAAGUGGUAAUGAGAUGUCGGGCUCUAGAACAUUGGGUAACGAGUUGACGGGUUCUAGGACGUCGGGUAGUGAUAUGGGAGGUUCUAGGACAUCGGGCAAUGACGUCACAGGUAGUAAUGACGUCACUCGUACCGAACGCAUUCAACAGCUGCGUGCGCAUCAUCAGUUACGUCAUCAGGAGAGGCGUGGUCAUUAUCCUUUGGACGACACUGAGGAGAGAUAUGAGAUGGCUUUAAGACAGCGUCUGGAACAGCAGCAGGACUCAGCCAUUAAUAGACCCGGCAGCCGGGUAGCGAUUACAGACCCGGCAAGGUUCUCCCACUAUGUUAACUAUCAGCAGAUACAGCACCAUCUCAAGUGUUGGAAUGCAAGCAGCAUGCAGAAGCAUAAUCCGCAUCAAAAUGUGGUGGAAGUUAGGACGGAGCUGCCUCUCCAGCAGCAUAAGUAUGUGGAGGUUAGAAAAGGAGGGCCUCCCCGCCAUUAUUCUUCCACUCUGUCUGUCCGUAUUCUCGAUGAUGAUGAAGAGAGCCGCCGCCAACAACACUACCACUCACAGCGCCGCGAGGCAACGUCUAGCCGGUCCGGCGGUGGGAUGGGUGACCACCCGGGCAACUCAGCCCACCCCCGUCCCGUGUCCAACUUCUACGAGUACGAGAGCGUCGAGUCGCACCUUCUGAACAAUGGCGGCACCAAUUCCAAUUCGUUGCCGCGACGCCCGAUUGGUGGCGCUAGCAACACUACAACGGCAGCGCAGUCUGGUGGCGUCUUCCGAAACUAUCAGCGCCACGACAACUAUGCUGCUGUUCCGGGAAUGGUUGCUGCAGCCCAUCAGUUCAGGCCUCAACAACAUCACCAACAACAGGGUAACAACAACUCAAACAACAACAAUCUAAAUGUUAAUAAUUACAGUAAUAAUAAUAAUAAUAACAAUAAUUCCAGAAAGUCACAUGGUCCGUUUGUCAGUCAUGUUACUAUAAGGGAGUACCAGCCUAAAGUUUGAAACAAAACAUUGUGUUAGAAAAAGUGAGUGUUAAAAUUGUGUUGGAAAGUUAUUUGAAAUAUUAAUAUUAACUAUUUAAUAUUUGAUAAAGAAAUAAGUUCAUACGGGGCCUCCUAUAUUCUACCAUAGAGUAACAAUAGCGAUAAGUAGAUAUUCCAUGGUAUAGUAUCCUUAUAUAAGUAGUCACCUAUACAACAUCUGAAUGAUAGCAUAGAGAAAAGAUAGCAUAAGAAGAUAUCCUAUGGUUUGUAGAAUUCAUUUAAAGUUUGGAAGUUUUGUAUCAAAUUAUGGUGUUGUGUAUCAAGUUGAGAUGAUACUGUAUUAUAUUGUGGUGAUAUGCCAUUGUAAAGGACCGAGUUAUGUUGCAAAUGUAGUGUUAACUGAAGCCGAUAGUCCUAGUAGUUGUUUUUGGUGAAGCUAUGUGACGCUGGUAGUCUCUCAUACUGUGCCCUUCUUACACUCUUACACUCCCAAC